AUGACAUUCUUUUUGACAUGUCUGCAAGAGCCUUUUAUACGCUCACUUAGAGCCUACAAACUUCACCGCACAGCCAGCCCCUUCGAUCGGAGGGUCACUUGUCUGGAAUGGCAUCCCACCCAUCCCACCACUGUUGCAGUGGGCUCCAAGGGUGGAGACAUCAUCCUGUGGGAUUAUGAUAUGCUGAAUAAGAGAACCUUCAUACAGGGGAUGGGACCUGGAGACGCAAUAACAGGCAUGAAGUUUAACCAAUUCAAUACCAAUCAGCUGUUCAUCUCAUCUAUUUGGGGUGCUACCACCCUUCGGGAUUUCAGUGGAUCGGUUGUACAAGUCUUUGCCAAAACAGAUUCAUGGGAUUACUGGUACUGCUGUGUGGACGUGUCUGUUAGUCGUCAGAUGCUUGUGACUGGAGACAAUACUGGACGACUACUUCUGUUUGGCCUUGAUGGACAUGAGAUUUUCAAAGAGAAGCUGCACAAAGCCAAAGUGACCCAUGCAGAAUUCAACCCUCGUUGUGAUUGGCUGAUGGCUACAUCCUCUGUUGAUGCUACAGUCAAGCUGUGGGACCUCAGAAACAUUAAAGACAAAAGCAGUUAUAUCACUGUAUUGCCUCAUGAAAAACCAGUCAAUUCUGCGUACUUUAAUCCAACAGACAGCACCAAGCUCCUGACUACAGACCAGAGGAACCAGAUCAGGGUAUAUUGUUCAUAUGACUGGUCUAAACCUCAUCAAAUAAUUGUUCAUCCUCAUCGACAGUUCCAGCACUUAACACCCAUCAAGGCAACCUGGCAUCCCAUGUAUGACCUCAUCGUGGCUGGCCGUUACCCAGAUGAUCAAGUAUUAAUCAAUGACAAGAGAACUAUUGACAUUUAUGAUGCCAACAGUGGUGGGCUUGUGCAUCAGCUGAGAGACCCCAAUGCUGCUGGUAUCAUAUCUCUCAACAAGUUUAGUCCAGCUGGAGAUGUGCUGGCUUCUGGAAUGGGCUAUAACAUUUUGAUCUGGAACCGAGAGGACACACUGAACAGUGUUAAUGGGAAGCAAACAAUGGAGACAGUGGAGGACAGUGGAGGCAGACCUGGAACCUCCAGAUCCCAGCGUAGCACUCAGCAGCGCACAAAUAGAGACAGAAGAGCGGCUGCUGAUGAUGCCAAGCUCAAGAAAAAGCUGUCAUCAUCAACAGAGACCAAGUCCAAAACCAAGAGCAAGACAGAAUGCAAGACAUCAAAAGCAAAGAAAAAGUGAGAGAGAAUACACUGAACUUUAAAACUAGAUACUCAGGCUCAGGCUCAUGUCAAUAUAUAAAUCCUGGAACAACAAAAAUUAAAAUACAGACUUGUUUUGUUACCUUUUAUAGGGCCUAAAAUAUGUAUAUUCUGUUCAAAAUAAACUUUUGUACUUUUUUACAU